GCGAGGAUUCGGGCAAGGAUUCUGAGGUCAAAGCCGAGCACCCACCCGGCCUCUUUGGUCCACUUCCUUACUUCCACCCCAACACCAACGCACUACAUGACACUGCACGCAGCAUCCUCGACAGAACGAUGACAGAGCGAUUUGAGGACAGCGCUCCGGACGUCGCGUCGAAGCAGCGGAGGAUUCGUCGCACGGCUGCUGAUAUCGCCAAGAACAAGCGCACUGAUGCUGCUGCAAUAGCCGAAUUCGCUCUCAACCACCGAAUUAAAGAGAACAGGCGCUCAUCCGAUCCGAGCCAUACGAAGCGACUCGCCCGGCACAUUUCCCAGCUGCGAUAUGCUCAGACUGAUGGCCUAGCGGAACUUCCUCUCGCUGCAGUCGUUGAUCUGACUCGGUCUUUCACGCCCUCGGAAUGGAUGGCCAUAGAAAAUAGCCCAGAUCAGUUCAGGCGUGCGAUGGAAUUUUACGGAAACCAGGUCCUCGAACUUGAUGCCACCUGGAUGACUUCUUGA